GAGUUCCUCUGUCACAGAUGUUAAGUUGCUAUAAAGGAGGAGAAUCUCUUAACGGUCCUUUUUGUUAGAAUCUUGGACAUAAUCUUGGUAUCACGCGUGCACCUUAAUAAUUGAUUUAUCUUUUUAAGAACGGACCUGAACACUCGAGCAUCAUGACAGUAGUGGGCUGCACAUUGUGCAUUAAAUUCAUGCUGUUUUUCUUUAAUUUUGUUUUCUGGUUGGCUGGAGGUGUGAUAUUGGGAGUGGCUCUAUGGCUUCGUCAUGACAACCAGACCAGCAGUCUUCUCAUGCAGCAGUUUGAAGAUCAGCAGGCUCCCAGCACCUUCUAUAUCAGUGUGUACAUCCUGAUAGCUGUGGGAGCUGUGAUGAUGUUUGUAGGGUUUCUCGGUUGCUACGGUGCCAUCCAGGAAUCUCAGUGUCUCCUUGGAACGUUCUUUUUCAUGUUGGUGUGCCUGUUCGUCUGUGAGGUGGCUGCUGGGAUCUGGGGAUUCAGUAACCGAGACACAAUCUCCAAGGAGAUGAUAACCUUCUAUGAUGAGGCGUACAUCAAGUCAGUGGAAGUCGUAGACUCUCCCAGCAAAACAGCUGCUAUCAAAGUCCUGGAGGUGUUCCACGAGACCCUGGACUGCUGUGGUAAAGGAGACGACUCCCCCUUAUUCGUACAAGUAACCGGAGCCCUGUGUCCCAAGAAGAGCCUGGAAGAUGCCCUGCUGAAACCUUCGAGCUGUCAUCUGAAACUGAAGGAUCUGUUCUCUGAGAAGCUCUACCUGAUUGGUCUAGUUGCCCUGGCGGUCGCUGUCAUCAUGAUCUUUGAGAUGAUCUUCACCAUGGUUCUCUGCUGUGGGAUUCGCAACGCCGCCCCAGUGUACUAGAACCACGGAACCCUACUAGAACCACGGAACCCUACUAGAACCAAGGAACCAUAGAACCAGAGAACCACGGUGGAGGGGCUCAAAUGUACACAAAUCCUCUACAGAUCGAAGUCAUUGAAGGGGAUUGAAAAUGUUACGUGUUGUAGUUCCUGGUUACUUCUUUUUAUAUUGCAGAAGUAUGUACAUUUCUAUCAGUAUUAUAAAUAGAGACUAGAUUUUAUUACAGUAUUUUCUAUGUUUUAACAAUACUCCUAAUAAGCAUUUCACUACACCCGCAAUAACAUCUGCUAAAUAUGGGUAUGCGACCAAUACAAUUUGAUUUGACUGUUUGAGUCUGUCGAUGACCAACAGACAUUCAGCAUCUCUCUAAUGCUAAACUUUUUACUACUUUCUUGUUAUCUUUGACCUUUUUGUAUGUUUUUCGUGAAGUGCUUUUCCAAGGUUUUGUAUGUUUUUGUGAAGUGCUUCUCCAAGGUUGUAUGGUGUAUAAACUGUACACAAUCAUUGUGUGAGUCCAAAAUGACACCCUGUUCCCUUAUGGUGCACUACUUUUCACCUCAAGGUCCAUAGGGCGUCAGUAAAAAAUUGUGCACUACAUUGGGAAUUGCCAUUUGGGA